GAUUGGUUAAGCCUUCACACUCACAACCAAAAGUAGCUCCCGCGUUUUUGCGCAUGUUUUGUUGUAGUCCGGUUGUGUUACGGUCACUGGCAGGAGGAUGCAAUCCGCGAAUGUAUCGAGUAGUCCUGGAGAAAAGCCGAGAAGGCCUCCGGUAAAAGUUCUGUCCAGCCAGUUGAGAGAGGGGUGCACCGUGGGGAGCGGAAAGCCGGAGAUGAGUAUCCGGAGACUGGGCGGCGGCUCGUUAACGGUGUCGGUGGUGUGGAUGCAGGGCACAGUGCUGGAAACGCACACUGACCGGAACUCUGUACUGCUUCUGGACGAAACGGGCAACUUUCACAUCACUGGUGUUAACAACAUCCCAAGAGGAAAACCCUGCCUCAGCCCUGGGAAAUACGUGAUGGUCAUGGGCGUGGUCCAGUCGCAUAGUCCGGAGCCAGUGCUUCGUGCAGUGAAGAUUGCAGAUCUUUCAGAUAACGCAGCCGUGCACAGGAAAAUGUGGAAAUACGAAGUUGAAGACCUCCAACAAACUUUGCCAUAAUGAACUGGAGUAUUUUACAGAACUUGUGGAACAACACGAUGAUAGAAACAUCAGUACCAAUGUGUUUUUUUUUUGUUUAUUUGUUUAUUAAUCUUGUGUGUGACAUUAUUUAUUUUAUAUACUGACAAUAAAAGGUACAUAUAAAACUUUGA